GGAGCCGGGAUCGCAAGAAGGCGGCUGCAUUCGGGGAGCGUUGCUCUGAGCCCCUCCCGCUACCCCGCUGUCACACUGAGCUGAGUGCUCAGGUCUGUGCCGUUUGCCUGAGUCCUCACGGAUCAGGCAGCACUGCACCCCCCACCCUCUAGCCCCAGAGCCUGGAGCAGACGCCGAGCCACGGGAACAAAAGGACGGAAGAGAGAGAGGAGUGUCCGCUAACCAUUCCAGGCGUUUCCAUAAAACUUGAAGGACUGUAGAAAACUUGAGCUGGAAAUAAGUCCAUUAUUAUUCCAUAGCCCAUCAAAACUCAAGUCCUCCAAGCAAUAAAUGUCCACACAGCAGCUGGCUUCUUGUAUGGAAGUGAAUGGAGACGUGAUCAUGGUCCAUGACCAGGUGAAAGUGGAGGAGGUAGAGGAGGAGCGGAGUGGUUAUGGAUCCCUCAGCAUGUCAUUUCCCAGCAACCCUCACUCCGAUGGGCUUCAGAGCAAGGCAGCGCCCGGGAGAGAGAACUCUGACUUCGAAAGGUCAGGGGUCGUGAAGCCAACGCGGGCUUCAUCCUCACCAAGGGACGAGGGGCAACAGGAUCACAGUAAAUUCACAAAUGCAUUAAGCAACUUGGAACGAAUAGAUUUCAGUAAGAAUUUAACUGAAGUCAUGCCGAAUAUUGAGAAGUUGCUGUCCAAUGAUUGGAAAGACAAGCUGCUGGAGAAAUGCUCCUUGAGUAGCAAGGAUAUCAAAGGAACGGCGGAGAGUCUGGCAGAGAAGGAGUUGCAGCUGUUGGUGAUGAUAAACCAGCUGUCCAGUCUCCGAGAGCAACUGCUGACAGCUCACGCAGAACAGAAGAACAUGGCGGCCAUGUUGUUUGAGAAACAGCAGCAACAGAUGGAACUGGCUCGACAACAACAGGACCAGAUAGCCAGGCAGCAACAGCAACUCAUUCAACAACAACACAAAAUUAACCUCCUGCAACAGCAGAUCCAGCAAGUCAACCUGCCUUUUGUGAUGAUUCCAGCAUUUCCCCACAGUCCACAGCCUCUUCCAGUCACCAGUGAUCCCCAGCUGGGUCUUCAAAUGCAGCCAGGACUGUCAUGCAAGCCAAGUGACUAUGGACUACAGCUGAUGCCAACCCCCCCAGCAGCCAGGGGAACUCCAGGAUUAAGCCCUGCCCAUACACACGUGAGUCCAGAGGAAGCCUCUCAGCCAUUGAAUUUGACAGCGAAAACUAAAGGUACAGACAUGUCAAAAUCCCCCUCACCUCCCCAGGCCAAACUCAGAAGAGGACCCUCGCCAUCCAGCUUUGUGAUCCCAGCAGAGUUACAGUCCAGCACACCGACAUCCUUGUUAACCAGAGAAAUGAUAAGUAAAGAAGUUUUCUGGAGGAAUCACUGGGGUUAUCCCAUUGAGCAGGACGUCAUCGGGAAGGUCAUGCAGAGUCCAAAGCAGAUCUUUCUUGGGAAGAGUCGGUCUGUGGAUGGUCCAGCUGUAAAUAAUAGCAGGAAGGACAAGGAUUUGAGAGUUACAGAGUCACCUCUCGUGAAACAGGGAGAUGAUGGGAAAGCAGCAAGUGGGAAUGAAGAUUUUAACAGCUGCAAUGACUCGGAAGGAAACCUGACUCUGUCAGGGUCAAAAGGCUACGAGGCGAGAGGCGGCAACAACCAUGAGCACAUCAAGCGACCAAUGAAUGCAUUCAUGGUAUGGGCCAAGGAUGAGCGAAGGAAGAUUCUUCAGACGUACCCAGACAUGCACAACUCCAGCAUCAGCAAGAUUUUGGGGUCCCGUUGGAAAUCAAUGUCAAACGUUGAGAAGCAGCCAUACUAUGAGGAGCAAGCAAGGUUGAGUCGACAACACCUGGAGAAAUAUCCAGAUUACAAGUACAAGCCAAGGCCCAAAAGGACCUGCAUCGUGGAUGGGAAGAGGCUGAGGGUUGGGGAAUACAAGGCAUUGAUGAAGUACAGAAGGCAGGAGGUGCAGCAAUGUUACUCUGCAGGGCAACAGGACCAAGUCCACUUGCACCCAUCAGACGUGAUGUACCCUGGGCAGAUUGGGAUGACGUCCAUUCCUGUCCAGCCGGCAGUGUCGGAACACUAUCGAUCCUGCAGCCCCGAUCCCAACAUGCCCGUCAUCCUCAACACACGGAGUCUGAAAUCUGAACAGGCAGACAUGAAGGAAACGCACCUAAACGACGCCAACGGUGAAAUGUACGAGUACGGUGAAGAGGAUGACUCUGAUGUUGAAUAUCGCAGCGAUGGUGAGCUGGUGGUCCUCGCGGACUAGCAUCCGCCCACCACUUUGUCAGCGGAGCUUAUGGAAAUGAACCUUUUCAGGCACAGAUGGACCAACACAUGUCCUGUCAUAACCUGGCCAACCAUUCGAGCAGAGCUACUGGGGAAGACCUCGCUGUUCUGGUUAUGGAGCACAUUGGGGAGGGUCAGGGUUGCAGGUUGGAUAACCACUCUCUGUCUCAUUCCAAAUGUGACCUUUUCAUGCACCAGUUGACGAAUGGAAGAAAGAGGCAGGUGAGCCUGAGCUGGUCUGGGCCUAUGAAUAAUACCAUCACCUAUAGGAACACUGACUUGUAGUAACCUCUCAUGUACUUGUCCACCAAAUGCCAUUGUGGUCCUUCCUCAUGACACGCCUUGAUUCUGUUGACACCGGCUCCAAUUGGAGUGAAAGAUUGCACGCUGCCCAUAGUAUCGCAAUGGUUUGCUACUUCCCCCAUUAGCAUCGAUGCUGAUUCCAUUCGUUUGUCACAGAAUCAAACUGACGAAGGUGGAGUCCAGCCUAGACUGGCUGCUCCACAGAACUCUAUCCGACCAAGUCUCACUCGCUUACCCCACAACCAGGCAACCUUGUUUCUUUUUUGAGCAGUCUUCUAGUUCCCCUUUGAAAAUUAUAGUUAAAUGUCUUUCCAAUACAUGUUAGGUCCGCACGUUCCAGAUUAUCAAAUCUCAUUGUGUUUUACAGAGGACUCGGGAGCAGGGGAGUAGGCCAUUCUGCCCUUCAAUCCUACUCUGCCAUUCAAUAAGAACAUAGUUGAUCUGUUUAUGGUCUCAACUCCCAUUGUUCUGUUUUCUUCUCUCAACACCUUGACUCCCUUGCCUAACAAAAAUCCAUCAAGAUCAGCUUUGAAUUAAGUCAAAGACCUGGUCUCCAGUGCUAUUUUGGUUAGAGAAUUCUGAGAGAAAUAAAAUUCUCCUCUUCUCUGUUUUAAAAGAGAGAUGCCUUAUUUAUGUUUUGAAAAGAAAACACACAUUCUCUCCUAUGGUUCAUUUGCAAAGUGCCAUUAGUCUGUGACCUCUGUUUCCUGACCUUCCACCAGUGGAAACAAUUUCUCCUUAUCCCAUUGCCAUACAAUCCCAGUCAUUUCGGUGCAAGGUUAAUAGCAAUUUCUUCAUGCGGAAAUGUUGGGUAGUCACUGUUGCUGGGUGAUAAGGGGAGUGCUCCCAAGAGUAGAUUGCAAUCCUGGCUGUUUGGACCAGAAUGAUAAAGCAACAAGAGAGAGAUGGAGAGAGAGAGAGAAUCUCCGGACUGAACCUGGGGACCCUUUGUUUCUCCUGCUUUUCCACUGGUUACUAGCUCCAUGAAGGAAGAGAGGAGAGAAUGUACUGCAGUGUGUUGAAGGACAGGAGUUGAGCAGUGGUGUAACCACUAGGGGGCAGGUGGCAUCAUUUGACCUCCUAACUGCCCCAUAUCCUGAGACAUUGACCAAAUUCCAUCUUCAUGUCACAGGAAUUACACCAAUCGGAGAAGGUUCCAUUAUUGACUUUGUUGGCUAAGGGCAACAUCAUAGCCCGAGCUGAUGCCAGUGGGUUUUGGGAUUUGACUGUUCAGGCUUUAUUAACUCAUUAGUCAACCAAAGCCACCAUUUAUAAUUCACGUUGUAAAACCUGCCUACCAUUUGGUCCUUCCAUUUGACUCAACCCAAGUGAGAUGACGCAAGACUUGACUUGCAUUCUGCUGCUGUUGAGGCACACGGGUGCACACAUGGGUCUAUCAAACAUGGCUGCCCCCUCUCGGUAGCUGAAGCACCAUGAAUGGAACCUGCUUUACGCCUCCUCUGCCAGACCACACCCGCUCUGCCAUAAUCAUCGACUUCCCCCUGGGGUUUGUAAGACUGGUCCACCCUUUGCGAUUGCGGGGGGUGUAUGUCAACAUUAGUUAAAUCACGGCUUGCUACUUGCCUGAAAGGAAAGGGCCUUGGCAGGAGGGUUGGGAGGUGGGUGUGCAUUGUGUCUGUCUGCUCCAUUGGUCACUCUACGCAAGAGACGGGUUGGCCUGGCUGGGAGGGAAAGGUUCUCACUGCAUUGCCCCGGCACAACAACUUUUCUGAAAAACUUCUUACCCCUCAGGUACUCUGUAGUAUGUUUUUGAAAUAGAUGUCAAUAUUUGUAUAAAGUUUUAAACAAAAAUCGUAUUACAGUCUGUCUACUGAGUGUGUGUGUGUGUGUGUGUAUUUUAAUAGCAAGAAUUUUUCUUGUUCCUCAUUCUCACUGAGGUUUUGCUGAUCUAAGCUGAGAAACAGCUGGUGACUAGGACUUUAAUUUAUUUUUGUUUGUAAAAAAAACUUUUUUUUGUUUCUUUCUGGCCUCCCGUCUAUUUUUUUGGAUUAGGGGUCUAAGAGAGUUUCUUGUAUUGAGGAUUCUUUCAGUCAUUUGAAGUAGUAGGGCUCUGAACGGACCCUUUUUAAAACCAGUUGAAAUUGGCCAAGGGAGUAGGGUGGGUGACUACAAUUACAGAGCUCUCUGCUCCUGGCAGUGUAACUCUCACAGCUUCAAGUGUUGAAGGUGUACAGUGAAAGGCAGGAAAGGGACAGCAAAAAAAAAAUCCACCAAUCUUUGAAGAAAAAUCUCAACACAAAGGUGUUCUGAGGACUGUUUCUGAAAUGGCACCAUCCUAUAGACAAGUACAUAAUGUAAUCGACAAGUGCUUGGAAACACCCUGCAGACUCACCUUCACGUGAAAAGAAACAAACUCCAAAGGUGUAAAAGGGUGGGCCCUCGCUGGUCACCCUUCCAUUCAGUCAAAGUAUCUGCUGCCUAAGCUGCAGUGCCCUUGCUAGUGUGCCUACUCUAUGUUGUAAGCCAUCACCUGCCCCUGACAGAGGGAUUUUGCUAGAGUUUGGGUCUCUCCUUUUUUCCACAUCUUUACUUUUUCCCCCAAUUGUUCCCCCUUCCUUUUUUAUUUGUUGAAAAAUAUUGACUGCACCAGUCGCUGAGCUGGAAUGAGGACCUGGAUGAUGAGUCAGAUGUACAGCUCUUGAGAAGGCUGUGGUAAAUUCUGCAGAACAUUUCUAUUUUUAUAUCACUCUCUUUUUCUCUGUCCUUCUUCCCAUUUGUCUCAAUCUCGCUCUACUUAUCUCUGUCAUUUGGAUUUUUCUCAUUUCCAUCUGUCUCCUUCCAUCUCUUCUCUCUCCCUCGCUCUCUCCCCCGUCUCUCUCUCCCCCGUCUCUCUCUCUCCCUCCCGCAUGUC